GUGAAGUCUAAAACUAUACUAGUUUGUAAAUGUUUGAAAAAUGCAACUGGUUACUAAAGUGCACCUUUAUCGUAGCCCUUACACAAUAUGCUAUAUUUCCGAAGACCGCUUAACUUUGCCCGAUGAAUAUAGUUACAAAUCUAUCGGUGUUAAAAAUGAUACCAAUGACUCGAACAUUGGUGAUCAAAACGUAAACAUACUAGACUUAAAUAAGAAAAAUUUAAAAUUUAGUACGUCUGCGUUAUUUUUACAACCUUUCCUUAAAGAGUGCUUAAACUCGAAUGUGUAUAGAAUAAACGUUUUAAGGAAUUUGAAUGAAUUAAGUGGUCAUCCGAAUAGUGGGACGUUGUUUUUAAAAUUAAUUUUAGAACCACCGGAUAGAGAAGUAAUCGAUUACGCAUGGAACGAAAGAAUGUUGCAGCUGAUAUGGACAAGGGUUGAGGUGGAAAAUGCAUUUUCAUGGUUAUCAACACUUGGUGGUGCUUAUUCAGCAUUAGGAGACUAUUUUGAACAUUGUGCUGAAGAGGCUGGUAAAAUUUCAAUGCGCCAGUAUGCAUUGUCUAAAAUGCUGGGUGAUGACGGUCUAGCUGCUCGGAGUAGGUUAUAUUCUGCAAUAGCUUUUGCUCAAAAGGGUAAACUAAAAGUAGCUAGGUAUUUAGUAAGAAAUAUAGCAGCAUUUGCCAGAGAAACACAUGAUAAACGUCUCAAUAGAAUGUGUCAAGGUGUAUGGGUUAAGCUAAGGUACUUACGAGAAAAACAGUGUAUAGAAAAAAGCAAUAGUGUUAAAACUGAAAACAUUAAUUCCGAGUGAGGUUUUUAAAUGUGAAAGUAUGAAAGUUGAUUGAAAUAAAAAAUGUUAUAAUUCUUGUUAAAUGUUUGUAAAAUUGUUUUAAGUAAAAAUAAAUAUCUCUCACAAAUGUUUAUAA